GUGGAUGUUUACGACAGUGAGAGCGCGUUUACGGCAGAGUGUGGUAUUUGUACAUAUGCGGGAUGAAAACAACUGAUUCGAUGGAGGUGAAAGAGGAAAACCAAGAACCGGAUAGAGUUGAGUGUUGUGAGAAACCUCAAAGUCUUUUAAAUGGAGAAGAAACCUUUAAUGAAGAGAGUGUCUCACGAAGCAGAACUCAAAGAACAAAAGCCAGAAAGUCUUUAAAAUGUCAUCGGUGUCAAAAGAGUUUUACACGUCAAGAGAACCUGGAGUAUCACUUAAAAACUCACACUGGAGACAAACCGUACACCUGCCAUGUUUGCGGAAAGAGUUUCAUACUAAACAAACACCUUAAAUGCCACAUAAGAAUUCACACCGGAGAAAAGCCUUUCGAAUGUGAUCGGUGUGGACGUGGUUUUGCGAGUAGAGAGAGCAUGAAGAACCAUGCAAAAACUCACUCUGGAGAAAAGCUGCGUUUCACCUGCUCUCAUUGUGAGAAGAGCUAUGCAUUUAAAUACAGACUGAAAAGACACUUAAAAACUCAUACAGGAGAGAAACCGUACACUUGCCCUCAGUGUGGAAAGAGUUUUACAGAAAAACAACAUCUUGCCAAACACAUAAGAAUGCAUAUCAGACGAAAGUCUUGCAGCUGCACUGAGUGCGGAGAGGUUUGUCCAAACGAAUACAGACUUAAGAUACACCUAAGACGUCACACCGGAGAGAAACCAAACACCUGUUCUGAUUGUGGCAAGAGUUUUGCAGAAAAAGCACAUCUUAUCAAGCACAUCAAGUUUUAUCAUCGGUCUUUAAAGAUCAGAUCUUUGAGCUGCUCUCAGUGUGGAAAGAGUUUCACAGAAAGACGGAAUCUUAAGAGACACUUAAUAAUUCAUACUGGAGAGAGACCUUACACGUGUCCUCAUUGUGAAAAUGGUUUCACGCAAAAGGUACAUCUUGACAGGCACAUAAUGCUCCACACUGGUGAGAAACCGUUCAGGUGUUCGCAGUGUGAAAAGAGUUUUGUGGAGGCAUCGGGUCUCUUACGUCAUAUGCACAUUCAUAUUGGAGAAAAACGUAAUAGUGUUCACACUGGAAACUGAGUUUUGCUUAUGGAGUAUCACUAAAUAUGCACAAGCAAGCUCACAACGGAGAAAAGCUUUACCACUGUACUGUGUGAGAAGAGUUUACUUGCUCUUAUGAACAACCAUUGUCCAUUUCCAAGUUUUAACUAUCAGUUUCUGUGUCUAAAAGUGUCCUUUCAACAUUUAUGGGUUUGAAACCCAGAAGUGAUUUAUAGCAAACUUUCUUUCUUUUAUGGGUUUUUUUAUUUAUUCCCAUCGGACUAGUUUUUGGAAUUAAAAAUUAGGUAAAAUAAUACUGUUUUUAAUUUGCAAUUUGUUGUCAACCAAUCGAAUGUAGAGUUACAAAGCAUUACCUAUAUAAGACAACAAUCAGAUUAUGCUGUAAAGGUUGUAGGAAGAUUCGAUAAACAAUGUUGUGACUGUGUAUAGACGGGACUAGAAAUGUUGCCAAAUCUAAAAGGCACUAGUGACAAUUUAUGUUUUUUUUUUUUCUUAAUGAUUGAUAGAGAUGCUAUUCUGAAUCUCUUAUUAAUAUUUUGGAAAUGUCUUACCACUACGAACACAAACAGCUGAUUAAAGAAUAAAUAUAAGAGAAUAUAACUAACAACCAAUGUUUUUUUCUGCAUGCAAUUAAUCUCAAUUUGACUUAUAUUGUUCAUGUUUUGUUUCAUAUUAUUAUUUUUAUGCAAAUAAAGAUUUAAUUACUAUG